GGUAUCAGGGGCGCAACGCAUGAGGCACAUGUUUAAAGAGUUUAAACUCACUCCACCACCACUACCGUCACCUACGAUAAUUUAUCUUUUCUCCAGUGCUCGCGAUGACUGCAUCUGUUCCCUCUAUCCCGGCUGCUGCUACUACAGCGAACGUUAAACCUGCAGCCCCGAAACCUUCCACGAAGCUUAAUUAUAAUUCUCAAAGUCUUCAGCCGAAAAAGAUACCUCGACGUAGUCAGCCAAUCAUUAACUGGUUUCAGAGGAAACUAGCAGGAACGGUGAAGGCGAAGAGAGAUAGUGCUUCACAAACUGGCUUGCGAAAUCUCGCUAUUCCUGGGCGACCAACGAAUCGAAUCACCUCUUCACCGUUGCCGUCUACUGUGCCUGCACAUGUUAAUCGUCAGCAAGGCCGAUUCGACACAGCUCCUGGAGGCAGACGAAACACAAUCUCAUUGAAUGGCGACGAUGAUUUACGCGAUAGUUCUAUUUCUGAUAGUGGUUGUUCAGACGAUGAGUCACUUGCUCGUGGGUCAGCAUGGACUCCAAGUCGUUUAGAGGCAGAUGAAGAUGCUUCUGUCCGACCUUUACCCCCCAGCUCACCUCCUUCCCCAUCACCCUCUCGUUCAUCCUCUUCCUACCUUUCCGACCCCCGCACAUUCAAAAGCAUCGCUGCUAGCACUAAACCGACGACUCUUUUGAGCGUCGAUGUGCAUGGGGGCAUGGCACAUAUUGCUGAAGCACCACUCACUCCAAAUACCCAAGUGACUCGUUUUCCGCAUGUACGGACAUCAUCCACUUCUACUACUCCCAUUCUUAGCAGCGGAGCGUCCAUCACUUUUUCCGCUCUGCCGCCUUCGCCACAAUCUUCUUCGCGUCCGUCUUCUACUACCACUGCACCGCAGAAUUCUAUGAACUCGGUCCAAGCACCCCUACAUACAACACACCAUCCUCGCAAUAAUCCUCGUCCCUCAUCACCACCGCUGGACAAUGCUUCCAUGUUGACUUUGGCAUCUUCAGCUUAUGCCAUUCCUGGACUUCGAGUGGGUAUGGGGACUCCGAUAGGUUGGAGCUCUGCACCACCUUCAGCCGUCGGUGGAGGCGCUGAUUCAGUAUCUCAAUUUGAGGGUGCCUAUGCGGAUGCAGAAAGCCAGAAUGACGAGGAGCCCCUUGAUGAUAGAGAUGUGGACGCGAGUUUGCGAGCUUUACGGCCACGAAGUACUAGGAGAGGUAGCUGGGAAAGUGAAGUCAGUCGAUGGAGUGCUCGUAUUCAGCCAUCUUUGGUAAGGGAGAGAAGUGUAUGGACUACAAAUAGUGUUCGAACGGGGACACUUGGCACGGACCAGGUUCAUGGCUCGGAAAAGUUGGAUGAGGCUGGGAAUAGUCCUGUUGUUGAAGGCCGACCGAUAACUGAAGAUAUAUCGUCCUCGACGACUGCCCCUUCUGAAGCUGCUGAUGCUCCGACUUCUCCUCACAUCACCAGCCUGCCUGCUACAAAACGGGCUUCUACACCUCAAGAGAAACUUUCCUCGGAAACUGUAGCCCAAGCCGAAAAGCCAGGGGUGGAGAAAACUCCAGAACCUGUAGUGUCCCUACCCAAAACAGCAUUUGCUGUCACUGUAAAUGGUUCCAAGGAAGCCCCAGAAGAAAUUAAGGAUCAAUUUGCUGACACUGCUGGAGUUCAAUGAUCGCUCUCGCUACUACACAUCAUGUAUCUGUUUCUUUUCUGCCUGUCACGUUAUGCCCUGUAAGCUACAUCCCUCAUAUAGUCUCGUUCUUAGUUCACUAUGUAGUGUAUACAUUAAGUAGUCUCGAUGGUCCAUUUCACCCUUCUCUCUUCCAUCACCAAUGAAUAUUCUUGCGGAAG